GCUGCUGGCUGAUUGCUGCCUUUCCCGUCACUUUUCGGCAAUGGGCUGCUGGCAUUCUCUUCUUAUCUGGACCGUGCUGGGCCCGGUAGUCCAGUCGGCGAAUCUGACUUCGCAUGUAGAUCUAUUCUUGGGCACGCAAAAUGGGGGCAACGACUUCCCCGGCGCAGCUCGUCCAUUCGGGAUGGUGAAGUUAGGUCCAGAUCUCUAUGUCUCAGGGACAGACGCCUACUCCGGCUAUCUGCCCAAUGGCGAGUUCUCCGGCUUUAGUAUGAUGCAUGAACAGGGCACAGGUGGUGCACCCAAGUACGGGACGGUCUCACAGCUGCCACUCACGGGGCAUAUCACCGAUCCGCUCUCCAACCUUACCGUAGGCCGUACGGGCACGGACAAGGCAGUGGUGGGCUAUUAUCUGGCUCAGACGUCCGAGGGCACGGUCGUGGAGUUGAGUGCGUCUGCUCACGCCGGGAUCUAUCGCUAUACUUUUCCUCUGGGAUCGCUAGCAAAUGUCCUCAUCGAUGUUUCGCACGUCUUGCCGUCAUAUAGAGGAAUGGGCCUGAGCCAGGGCUAUAAAGGCGGCAACAUCACUAUUUUCCCGGACGGACAUUACGAAGGUCACGGUGUCUAUGACAAUGGCUGGAACCGUUCACCUGACUGGUCAAUCUAUUUCUGCGGUUAUUUCGAUGCUGCUCCCAUCAGUAAUCGCACAUAUGUGGGAACGGAUGCAGCUGGCAGCGUUCGACAAAACAGUAGCUCCGCGUCCUCGACAUCAGGCUCAACUCGAGUCGGAGCGGUGUAUACUUUCAAGGAAACGUCCGUGACAUCACGAGUAGGAAUCUCCUGGAUUAGCACUGAGAAGGCCUGCAAGAACGUCCAUGAUGAAAUUCCGGAAGACAAGGAUUUCGCCUCUGUCGUCGCUGAUGCCCAGUCUGAAUGGGAUUCCAAGGUAUUGGCCAAGGUAACGACCAGCAACACGAACGAAACGACUCUCAAGCUGCUGUACACUUCCCUGUAUUUCAUGCACUUGAUUCCGACUAAUCAAACGGGCGAGAACCCGGGAUGGUCGUCCUCAGAACCAUAUUAUCAGGACAUUUUCACAUUCUGGGACCUCUUCCGAUGUUCCACUGCUCUCAUGCAGGUCUUGCAGCCGACUGCGUAUGAGGAGCAGAUUCGGUCGCUCAUUGACAUCUGGCGUUUCGACGGGUACAUGCCCGACGCUCGCUCUUCCAACUACAAUGGGCGCUCUCAAGGUGGCUCAAACGCAGAUAACAUUCUUGCAGACGCUUAUGUGAAGGGAGUACGUGGUGCAGUGAACUGGGAAGACGGGUACAAGGCUAUGGUCAAGGAUGCGGAAGUGACGCCUCCUAAUUACCCAGUCGAUCCCCAGGCCCCGGACUCCUCAACCAAGGAAGGCAGAGGUGCACUCCCAGACUGGAUUCGCUUGGGUUUUAUCACACCCAAGUACUCGCGAUCUGUCACCCGGGCGGUAGAAUAUUCCUGCAAUGACUUCGGUCUAUAUCAGGUAGCGUCAGGUCUAGGGAAGGAGGACGAUGCGAUGAAAUAUUUGAAUCGAUCGCGCAAUUGGCGCAAUCACUGGAACCCCCAGCAGACCUCGCUCGGAUUUUCUGGCUUUGUGGUUCCUCGCAAUGAGACAGGGUUCAUCGAGACUGAUCCCUUGAAUGAUAGUGGGUACUGGGGCGACCCUUACUAUGAGGCCAACAGCUGGGCAUAUUCCCUGAAUGCAGUCCAUGACAUGGCGAAGAUGAUUGAGUGGAUGGGAGGCAACGAAACCGUACAGAAUCGGCUGGAUACCAUGUUUACUAAGGGAGCCAGUGGUUCCAGUGGAAUCAUAUUCGAUCCGACAAACGAGCCCAUGUUCAAUGUCCCCUACUUAUACCACUACAUCGGUAGACAAGAUCUGUCGGUGGCGCGGUCGCGCAGUGUCGCUAAAUCGUACUAUGGUACGGGCGCGUCGGGUCUGCCUGGAAACAGCGAUGCAGGUGCCAUGCAGACCUGGAUUCUGUGGAAUAUGAUUGGAUUGUAUCCUAUCACGGGGCAGUCAGUCUUCCUGAUUCAUGCCCCAUGGUUCGAGUCUCUUACCAUCGACCUUGGGGAUGGAAAAACAUUAAGUGUCACUACCAGCGGUGGCGACGGCAAUGGCGGAGGCAAUAUCUAUGUGCAGUCGCUGAAAGUGAAUGGGAAGGCCUGGAGGAAGAACUGGUUGACGUGGGAGGACAUAUUUGCAGAAGGGGGAAAGCUGGACUUUGAACUUGGGCAGACCGCGAGUGGCUGGUUCACUGGCGAAUUGCCCCCUAGUCCAGCUUCGUAAAUAAUUCUCUUCCAUGCACAUACACUUGAGAUAGUAGUUGCCUGUUCAGCUCGGAGCCAUCUUGAGGAUAAUUGCGUUGGCUGUAGAGUUUAAGUCAUAAUGAGGCUGCUGUCGACUUGAGUAAGUCGACUUCGACUGAAAAGGGGAAAAGCAGGAUGGACCUGUAUGACAGGUUUUGUUGUUAGUGUGAUGGAGUCGGAACCCGAUUUUCGUGAUGAUCGUCAUCUCAGUACGAUCAGCCCCAGGAACGGGCCCGAAAAUCUCACGCAGGUCGAAAAGAUUGGCCGUUGUCUUCAGAGAUCGCCGAGUCAGUUGUCCGCUAUCGGGACUUUCGGAUAACUUAGCGCCCUUGACCCUUAACCUGGAAGGUCGUAUAGAUGCACGAUUUGAACAUGCGAUAGGUGCCAUGCUUCGGUCAUCGAUCGCUUUUUCCAACAAUAGUACCAGUCGUCCUAGCCAAGACUAAAAGGCGUGCUGAGCUUGAGUAGAUUUGC